CAGCCACCGGAAGUCACUUCCCGGUCCCCGUAGUGUAGGUUACGCUUCUUAAAAAGUAAACACUAGCCUUAAAGACUUAAAGACACUUCGCGUCACGAGUGUUUCUGUUAUGUGAGAUUCCUCGCCUGCUCGCCUGUGACAGAAGAACAUUUAAAAGGAUGGAUGUGGUGUGUUUCCGCCUGCCUGGCCACAGCGACGCUGCGCUGAGGAACAUGAACUCCUUGCGGGAGCAGCGGCACUUCUGCGACAUCACCAUCAUGGCCGGCGGCAGGCAGAUGUUCCGGGGUCACAAAGUGGUGCUGGCUGCCGGCUCGGCCUUCCUCAGGGACCAGUUUUUACUGAACCCCUCUGCAGAGCUUCAGCAGGUGUCAGUGCUGCACAGCUCCACAGUGAUCCGAGAGCUGCUGCAGUCCUGCUACACGGGCAUCCUGCAGUUUAGCGCCAAAGAGAUCGUAAAUUACCUGACGGCAGCAAGCUACCUCCAAAUGGAGCACGUGGUGGAGAAGUGCCGAGUGGCUCUGAGUCAGUACCUGCAGUCGAAGAGCAGCAGUUCAGGAUCUGUAAAAACAGAAGAAUCACAGGCUAUGGCAGCAAUCGUCAGUGGAAGCACUCAUUCUCUGGACGAUAUGUCGCCCCCUUCUGAGCGUGCCUCGUCACUGCAGCCUCACAGCUCAGAGGAGGAGCCGCAGGUCUCAGGAGUCGAACACGCCGGUGUUCAGCCCAGAGAUGAGGCUGAUUUUUCUAUAGCGCGGCUUCGAGCCUCAGAGCACUCCGGAGGUGUUGAGGACGAAGAGAGCAGAAACGACUUCAGCGUGUUCGAGGUGCGCAUCAGGGACGAGCACCAUGACGUCGAGGAGAACUCAGGAGUCCAGGAGGAUGCCGGAGACGCAGUGGACGUGUUAGCCGUACGACAGUUGACACAUCCACAUGCAGAGGAUCUGAGCAGGGAUGAAGGUGGAGCGCCGGGCAGCAGCCCGAGGGGUGGAGUGCGCAUCUGGAGACGGAGAUUCGGGGAGCCCAGGGGCGGCCGUGGGCGGGGCUUCAAGCACAGGAAGCGCUACACCUACCGUGAACGAAGGCCUUUGGGGAACUUUCAGCAGGCUUGGCGCUUUCCCACCUCCGAGGAGAUCAUGGGGAGUUUCGGAGCAGGGAUGGGGCAAGACUACUUGGCUCUCGGAGAGGGUCCGAUGCGGGUGGAGUACCAGCCGUCGGAAUGCCAAGGAGAUGCGGCAGGUUCCGAUGGUGGCCCUGGUCACUUUAGCAUGGACGGAGCAAGCGCUGAGGACGAUGUAGGAGUCGUAUCGUUGCCCACUAAUGAAGACGGUGGUGAGGACUCUGUGGCUGUCGUGGGCUCCACAUCCUGCGUGACGGGCUCGGUGGCGUGCGAGCAGUGCGGCCUGGCGUUUUCUUCAGUGGAAGAUUUAGCCGCGCACUCGCGCUCCACCCACCUGCUGUACGUGUGCCCGUGCUGCGGCAAACACUUCAGCCAGACGAGCAACCUGAACCGCCACAUGGCCGUCCACCGCUCGGCCAAGCUCCACAGCUGCCCGCUGUGCCACAAGACCUUCACGCAGAAGUCCACGCUGUCCGACCACAUGAACAUGCACAGCGGACAGCGGCCGCACGUCUGCGCCUUCUGCCGCAUCUGCUUCGCCCACAAACCCGCGCUGCGGCGCCACCUGAAGGAGCAGCACGGCAAGACCACCGCGCAGAACUACCUGGAGAUCCAGAGGGAGUGUGAGGAGCCGGCUAUAGGAGGAGGAGUUUAAGAUGACUUUUCAGGAUGGAAUCUAAAGUAGCAUUAUUGAGAUAGAGGGACAGUUCUGGUGAGGAUUAAGGGCCAGAUUCUGACAACAUCUUAUCCACCUACAAUGUGCUAAAUUGAAUCCUAACUUGAGCUAAGCAAAGGAAACCACAUCAGGUGUGGUUUGGUGAAAUUUUUCAUUUACACUUUAUGCCAAUCAAUUAAGUCAUGUUUGGUAUCUGAACAUUUGCUUCUUUGAUUAUGCACUGGAGCUACCAGGAUAAUUUAGUGAACAAGUUACAGGUUCCUGACCUUUGUUUUUAGGCCAGAGGUUGAAACGUCUGGAACAAGUAUUGCAAGUCUUCUCACUCAGAAUAUUUUCAUCUAAUUUCAUCUCCAUGUUAGUGACUGCUGUUUUGAGUAAUUUUGUAUUUUAAUACUUGAGUACAAAAAAAGAAAAAGAAAACUAAUUAAUCAGUUAUUCAGUAUUUUAAAUAAUGUGCCACAACAAAUCAUGCAGUUCAUUGAAUAAUUUUAAAGUUUCUAACUUUAUACAGCCACAAAUAGAACAAACAUUGAGCCGCAUUUAUCAAGCUGGAUACGAACGGAUUUAUUCGUUAAUCAUUCGUAGGAGCUUUUACACAAAAAAAUUUGGUAUUGAAGGAAAAAAAACACAACUUAUUAUUAAAAGAUGGGUAACUGAGGCCCAUUAUCAGUAUCACAUAAACCAAAGCAGGUCACUUUUAGCUAUGUUUUUAGUAUUUUAUUUUAUUAUUAUUUAUCUUUCUUACUUUCUUUAUCCAUAUAAAUGCUCACUACAUAGGGUAAUAAUAUAAUAAUGUAAUAUAAUCUAAUGUAGUGUGCUAAAUACCUAUGAGAAACUUGUAUUUUAACUGGUAUAGCCUGCACAGGUUUGCACUCAGUAUUCUUUCUUGUGUUUUUACGCAGAUUAAAGUAUUGGCACCCUCUGCCUUGCUUAUUCAUGCGCAAAUCUUAAUACCCUUGCCUCAGACAACCCUUAAACUGUCGCUAUUUACAAAUUUAAGUUCAAAGUUGAAGAUUUUAUGCUAAAGAAUUUGGAAGAGAUGCAUGUUUAUCAUUUGUUACAUUAGCCUGAUAGCUCCAGAGCAAAACUGGAAGCCCAAACAUUGUCUUGGCUGAUCACUUGCGUUGAGGAAAGUAUAAAGCCAUUCCUUUAAGAGUCAGAAGACGCACAGAGAUGCGAGGAGCCUAAAGAUCCCGAAGUCAGAGUCUGGCCCUAAGUCUGAAAGUCAGAUUAGUUAUGUUGAUGCCUCACUAGCCACGUCCUGUUUAGUUAAUGAGGGCUUGGUUCUUCAGACUUGAGAACAUCUGUGCCUCAUUGAUAAAUUAGUAUCUGAACACUGUGCUGACAGACUGCAUUGUGGAGAAUAAAAACAGGAACAAAAUCAGUGUCGGUGUAAUUGUCUGUAUGUGUAUUCGGUAAAUAGCUUGUAACUAGUCGAAUAAACCAGUUAGCAACAAGCCAGUAACGUUGUAAUCAAGUGUAACGUUUUGUUUCAUGUUGUGUCUUUAGCUACGAUAUGUUGUCAUUUACAAUCAAUUAAAAAAAAACAGGGAGCUUUAAUGGAUUUCUUUCCCCUUCUUUUUCUGCAAAACAUUAUGGACUUGAUAAACGAUGACUUUUACACACGUUUGUGUCUGAAUGAUUUGCAUUUUCUGUUGUGCCUGUUUAAGAGCAUUGGCUGAAUUCAGUCCUAAGUGCAGAAUAUUAGCUUUAUACUACAGCGUGGUUGAUUUUGUGUAACAGCAGCUUAUAUUAAUUACACAGAGACUUGUAUGGAGGAUGAUCUACCUAUGCUGAUUUUAA